AUGGCAACCAUAGGCACUCUAGUGGCAUUCGAUGCUAAAACCCAGAGUUGGGAAGAAUACUGCGAAAUCAUGGAGCAGUUUUUUGAGGCUAAUGGAAUUGAUGAUGGAGACAAGCAAAGAGCUAUUCUCUUAAGUGUUGUCGGUGCCGCAACUUACAGUCUGAUUCGGAACCUCCUCAGCCCAGAGAAACCAAAAGAAAAAACUUACCAACAACUGGUGACGCUGUUGAAAAAUCAUUUCGACCCAAAGCCCAGUGAGAUUGUCCAGAGAUACAAAUUUGAUUCUCGUAGCCGCAAGCCAGAUGAGUCAGUAAUGGACUACGUAGCCGAGUUGCCAGUAGCAGCGGAGACGGUGAGCAGGAAUGCCCAGGAUCUGCAAAAUCCGAGCGCAACGGUGAAGUGUUUCAAGUUAACCAAUGACCCGCACAAGAGUGGUGCAUUCAAGGGCGGUACGAAAGAAAAAGCCAAGACCCCCAGGAUCAGGCCUGUUAGGAUAAAGUUGGAGUCAUACACUGGAGACCCCAUCAGAGUGGUUGGAGCAGCGGAGGUCCAAGUCCGAUACAAAAAGCAGCGUGCAAAGUUGCCCUUGGUGGUGGUUAAAGGAAAUGGCCCCACUUUACUGGGAAGAGGUUGGCUGGAGGACAUUCACCUUAACUGGCCUGAAAUAAGAAACAGGUUUCAGAAUAGCCAGGUACAUCAGGUAAAAACAAAAAGGGAUGCUCCACAGGAGUUGCAACCAACGCUGCAGGACAUAUUGUGUAAACAUGAAGAAGUGUUUAAGGAGGAGUUAGGUACUUUAAGAGGUACUAAAGCGACCAUUCACGUGGCAGACAAGGCGGUUCCACGUUUUUUUAGGCCCAGAUCUCUUCCCUAUGCUAUGAAGGCAAAGGUGGACGAAGAAUUAGACAGGUUACUGAGGGAAGAAAUAAUAACCCCGGUGAAAUACUCGGAGUGGGCAGCACCUGUCGUCCCCAUCCUGAAACCGACGGGUUCAGUUAGAUUAUGUGGAGAUUAUAAGCUCACGGUGAACACGGUAUCUGCGUUAGAACAAUACCCGAUACCUAGAGUGGAGGAUCUGUUCGCUACCCUUUCGCAUGGUAAGCAGUUCUCCAAGUUAGAUAUGAGUCACGCAUAUCAACAAAUAGUCAUGGACGAAGAUUCAAAGAAGUAUUUGACGGUGAACACACACAGAGGUUUAUUCACUUAUAACAGAUUACCAUUCGGUGUGGCUUCAGCUCCAGCUACAUUCCAAAGAACUAUGGAGAGUUUGUUGAGCGGAGUACCGAUGGUGGCAGUCUAUCUAGAUGACAUUCUAGUUAGUGGAGUAGAUAAAGCUGAUCAUUUGAGGAACUUAGACAGCGUGUUGAAGCGACUGAAGGAGUCAGGACUUCGUUUGAGGAGAAACAAGUGCACAUUGCUUCAGGAUGAAGUGGAGUACUUAGGUUAUCGAGUUGAUGCGCAGGGGCUGCAUCCGGUGGCUAAAAAAGUGAAAGCGAUCCAAGAAGCUCCUGCUCCCACAAAUGUCACCGAGCUUAAGUCGUUUUUGGGGCUGUUAAACUAUUAUCAUAGGUUCCUUCCAAACUUAGCUACAGAGUUAGCCCCAUUACACGUGUUGUUGCGGCAGGAGGUAGGUUGGAAGUGGAAUAGAGAACAAGAAAAAGCUUUCGAGAAGGCCAAGAACAUGUUGAACACAUCAGAUGUGUUAGUACAUUAUUCAGCAGACAGAGAGUUGAUACUGUCAUGUGACGCGUCGCCAUAUGGUAUAGGGGCAGUUUUUUCUCACAUUAUGGAGGAUGGACACGAGAGACCCGUUGGGUUUGUGUCGCGUACGUUACAACCAGCAGAAACGAAAUAUUCUCAACUGGAUAAAGAAGGUUUAGCCGUGAUGUUUGGUGUUGAGAAGUUUCAUAAGUACUUGUACGGACGCACUUUUACUAUUUACACGGAUCAUAAACCAUUAAUCUACCUCUUUGGUGAGAAUAAGCAAAUCCCUCAAAUGGGAUCACCGAGAGUACAGAGGUGGGCGGUUAGACUGAGUGCUUAUCAGUAUAAAAUAGUCUACAAGCCAGGUAAACAACAUGCAAACGAGGACGCGUUAAGCAGACUGCCGGUUCCUGAAAACUCAAAGGGGGAGGAGAGGACUGAGCAAGUGUUAAUGAUGGACAUGUUAGAUGAGUCGUUAGUACAAGCAGAGCAGGUCAAGAGUUGGACAGCUAGAGAUGUAGUUUUGUCCAAAGUCCAUGAGUACGUCUUAUCAGGUUGGCCUGUUGAAGUAGAGUCUGAUCUUAAGCCGUUCUACCAGAGAAAGUUGGAACUCAGUGUCAGAGAUGGAUGUGUUCUCUGGGGAGCCAGAGUUAUCAUUCCUUCUAAAGGUCGAGAGAAAAUGUUGAGGUUGUUACAUCAGACUCAUAGCGGGACGUCUAAAAUGAAAGGUCUAGCUCAGGGGUGCCCAACUAGAUCGUACAUGUGGUGGCCGGGAAUGGACCUAGAUGUGGAAAAAACAGUUCAGGCGUGCCAAGAGUGUCAGGCACAGCAGAAGGCACCCACAGCAGCACCUUUACAUCCUUGGGAGUGGCCAGAGACGCCGUGGGCAAGGAUUCACAUUGAUUAUGCAGGGCCAUUUUUAGGAGAAAUGUUCCUAGUGAUUGUAGAUGCUCAUUCUAAGUGGUUGGAUAUUUAUCCUAUGAAGACGUCGACAUCGCAAGCUACGAUAGAGAAACUACGGAUGAGUUUUAGUGUUUUUGGGUUACCAAAAGUGCUAGUGUCAGACAAUGGGGCAUGUUUCACAAGCUCAGAGUUUGAAACAUUCCUGAAGCAAAAUGGAAUACAGCAUGUGAAAUCAGCGCCGUUUCACCCCUCUUCAAACGGACUCGCAGAAAGGGCAGUUCAGUCAUUCAAAGAAGGGAUGAAAAAGUUGAAAGACGGAACAAUUCAAACGAGAGUGUCAAGGUUCUUGUUUAGUUACAGGAUCACCCCUCAUGCUACGACGGGAUUAGCACCUGCCGAGUUAAUGAUGUCGCGGAGACUGAGGUCUGUGUUGGACUUGGUCGUACCAGACAUAAAAACAAGAGUGCAACAAAAGCAGUUCCGUCAGAAAGUGAAUCACGACAAACACAGAAAACUGCGAAGUUUCGCACAGGGUGAUGAUGUACUCGUCCGGAAUUAUUCGUAUGGACCUAAAUGGAUACCAGGAGUUAUUCAUGACAUUACCAGACCCGUGUCUUAUUCUGUUCGUGUUGGAGGAGGAAAAGUCAUAAAGGGGCAUGUAGAUCAGGUCAGGUCCAGGUUUCCAGUUCCAGUAUCGAGAGAUGAACUAGAGCACGAGAGGGUGUCGUUACCUGAGAUGCGCUCAGUCGUGGAAGGUUCAAGAUCUGCAGAGAUGGCAGAACAACCGAGUUCGGGUGGAAAGGAAACCGAAAAGUCUCCUUUAUCCCAAGACAACCCGAUUCAGGAAGACUUACCUCUGGAACCAGAAGUGAGAUGCUCAACACGAGAGAGACGUUCUCCGGCUCAUCUGAGAGACUAUGUGUGUUAA